UUAAAACCAUCCGCCUGGAAAUGUCAUGCAUAUGUCGAGAGCGGAAGACAGCAUAUAUUAUUAUAGCAGAGUAACAUGAAUUGUUGUUAUUUUAAGACGUCAUACAGUGACACAUUGUCAUACAACCAACAACACUGUAGAAAUGUUUCGCGGUUUUACAACGACCAAAUUAAAAGGUCGUGACUGACAUCUGAGCACUCAGUGUAUUGACAACACAAUGUGGAGGGCAGGUGGUGUCCUCCGUGUGAGGCUAGUAAGCAGAGGAGCAGCCAGACUCUGUUCGAGUAAUCCACCAAACACUUCAUCAUCCUCUUCGUCUCAGUCAAUAUCUCCUCCACGGUUCAAAGCUGAGAAACAGAGGCGGAGACGAGAGCGGGAACAAGCCAUACUGUCAAGUCAACACAGUUUGACUGAGGAUAAACCAGUAAAAUGGACUGAGAAGGAGAGGAUCUUGUACACUGCUCCAACUCCUCCUGGCACAAAGAAAGACACCAGCCUGCCAUUCCCAACCUCAUACAGUCCAGAGUAUGUGGAGUCCAGCUGGUAUCAGUGGUGGGAGAAAGAGGGAUUCUUCAGUCCAGAGCAACAUGAGAGAUUACCUCAAGCUGUGGAUCGGACCUUCUCUCUGUGCAUCCCUCCACCAAACGUGACUGGUACUCUGCACCUGGGCCAUGCUCUGACUGUGGCUGUAGAAGACGCUCUGGUUCGAAGGGGAAGGAUGCAGGGCUACAGAGUGCUUUGGGUUCCAGGAUGUGACCAUGCAGGUAUUGCAACACAGACUGUGGUGGAGAGAAGACUGCUGAGGGAAGAGGGGAAGCAUAGACACGACUUCACCAGGGAGGAGUUUCUACAAGAAGUGUGGAAGUGGAAGAAUGACAAAGGAGAAGAGAUCUACAAACAGCUGAGGAGCCUCGGUGCCUCUCUGGACUGGAGCAGAGCCUGUUUCACCAUGGAUCCAGGUUUCAGCCGGGCUGUGACUGAGGCCUUUGUCAGGCUGUGUGACGUGGGUCUGAUUUAUCGCUCAGAGGGUUUGGUCAACUGGAGCUGUGCACUGGAAUCUGCAAUCUCUGACAUUGAGGUUGACUCAAAGGAGCUGUCUGGGCCGACCAUGUUGUCUGUUCCUGGUUAUGAGAACAAGGUCGAGUUUGGUACAAUGUUUACCUUUGCUUACCCCAUAGAUGACCACGAUGAAGAGGUGAUGGUGUCCACCACCCGUCCUGAGACUAUGCUGGGAGAUGUAGCAGUUGCUGUUCAUCCAGAUGAUCCUCGUUAUCAGGCUGUUAAGGGGAAACAGUGCAGACACCCCUUCACCAACAGACUCCUGCCCAUCAUCACUGAUUCUAUGGUGGACAUGGAGCUUGGAACAGGUGCAGUGAAGGUGACACCUGCUCAUGACCACAGUGACUUCCUGCUGUCACUGAGGCAUUCACUGCCACGCCUCACUGUCAUUCGAGGAGAUGGCACCAUGACACCCCCCUGUGGCCAGUGGCUGGAGGGAGUGAAGCGUUUUGAUGCCAGGCAGUUUGUUGUGGAUGCACUGGUUGAGAGGAAGCUUUUCAGAGGAAAGAAGAGUCAUGCCAUGACUUUACCCGUCUGCAGCCGUUCAGGAGACAUCAUUGAACCUCUUCUAAAGAAGCAGUGGUUCAUCCGCUGUGAUCAAAUGGCUAAAAAAGCUGUACAGGCAGUGGAGGACGGACAGCUGCAAAUUAUCCCUGACUACUACAACAAGACCUGGAAGACGUGGCUGUCCAACAUCAGUGAUUGGUGCAUUUCCAGGCAGCUUUGGUGGGGUCAUCAGAUCCCUGCUUACCAAGUGGAGCUUCCCAAUUGUACUGACACAAAAGAGGAGCGGUGGGUUUGGGGACAGAGCGAGGAUGAAGCGCGACAGAGAGCUGCUAUCAGAUAUGGAGUGCGUCCGGAGGCCGUCACUUUGACUCAAGACCCUGAUGUCUUGGAUACGUGGUUCUCCUCAGGCCUGUUUCCCUUCGCCAUGCUUGGCUGGCCAGAACAGACCACUGACCUUCAGCACUACUACCCCAUCUCUAUUCUGGAGACAGGCAAUGACCUUGUCUUCUUCUGGGUGGCAAGAAUGGUUAUGCUUGGCACAGAGCUGACUGGACAACUGCCCUUCAAGCAGGUGCUGUUUCACUCUCUGGUGAGAGAUAAACAUGGAAGAAAAAUGAGUAAAUCUCUUGGAAAUGUCAUCGACCCAUUAGAUGUAAUUCAUGGAGUAUCUCUGGAGAGACUUCAGGAGAAAGUGAUGGAAGGGAACCUUGACCCCAGGGAGCAGCUGGUUGCCAUAGAAGCACAGAGGAAAGACUUCCCUAAGGGGAUCCCUCAGUGUGGAACGGACGCUCUGAGAUUCGCCCUUUGCUCACACAAGAUGCAGGGAGAAGACAUCAGUUUGUCCGUCUCUCAGGUACUGAGCUGCAGACACUUUUGCAACAAAAUGUGGCAAACGCUAAGAUUCACACUGGGAGUGUUGGGUCACAUUACAGCCCCAGUGGCAUCCCUGGAAGAGACAACUCCUCUGAGCAGCAUGGACCGGUGGAUUUGCUCCAGACUCUACAGCACAGUGUUACAGUGUGAGCAGGCUUUUGAAGCCUAUGAGUUACACGUUGUCACAUCUGCCUUGUACUCUUUCUGGGUCCAUAGCCUGUGUGAUGUCUACAUGGAGCAUGUGAAGCCUGUGUUGGCCCAGGAUGAGGGGGCAGUGGUCCAGCCUGACACAGAGGGAAGUGACAGCAUGAGGCAUGUGGCCACCAGUGUCCUCUAUCACUGUGUGUCUGUGUCUCUAGCCUUGCUCUCCCCCUUCAUGCCCUUCAUCACUGAGGAGCUGUGGCAGAGACUCCAGCCAUUCAGACAUGGAGCUGCUUCCCAGACCAGCCUGUCUUUACAACCGUACCCUUGCUCCUCUCAGCUGGCACACUGGCAUUUCCCUGAAGAGGAAAGUGCUUUUCUGCUGAUUCAGGAAGUGAUCCGAACAGCUCGCUCACUACGAGCUCAGUGUGGCAUGACCAAAGAUAAACCUGCCAUGUGGGCAGUGUGUUCACCCAGUCAGGCCCAAGUCCUCCUUCACUUUGGGUCAGCUGUUUGGACUUUAAGCCGGACCUCGUGCCUCCAUAUCUACUGUCCUCAUGGAUCAGACAACCUCCACUCCACUCCUCCACCUGAAGGAAGCCUCAUCGGUGUGGUGGACCACUCAUGUCAGCUACACCUUCCCGUUCAGAUUGGAGUGAACAUAGAGAAACAGAUCCUGCAGCUCUCCCAGCGCAGAGACAAGCUUGUUCCAAAGUUGAAGGAAAUUCUCUGCAAAGUCCAAUCGCCUAACUUCCUGACCAAGGUUCCUGCUCAUGUCAGGCAGAAGGUGGACCAUAAGAUGUCCGCCUUGCAACAGGAACUGGAAACCAUUGAGGACCAGCUGAAGAUGCUGCAAGAGAAUCAAACUACAUAACUGCAGCCAACAGGCGUUACACUGUGAACUGCUGGAAGAACUGAUGAUCUUGAAUUGUUCAUAAUGUUGUCACAUUGUAUCAUAUAAUUAAUGUUGUUCAUAUAAUAAACCUAAUCUCACUGUCAAA